UCAGUCAUCUCGCGCCAGCCGAGCCACGCGCACUCGCUUGCCUCAGAUUCUGGGCUCGGGGAAAGACUCUCUCUCAGCAAUCGCACGUUGCGUUCCGCUGCACACGCGCGGCCACGGUCUUCCUCCACCCCUGUCGACCGAGGGGUUGAAAUCGUUGUCGUCGUCGUCGUCGUCGUUGUCGUCGUCGUCGACGUCUCGAUCCUCGCAGACAGCAUCGUCCGCGCACGCGGAGACUCGCAAACGGUCGCAAGACGCUCGCAGACGCUCGCGGGAGGUCGCAAGCACCACCCCCUACCGAUGGAAACCGCGGAACACCCCCACUUCGUGGACCGGCGAGCCCCACCAGGUGGUAGGAAGCAGCUUCGAGCGGAACAGCGGCGAGUGUCCUCCGUGGAGACCCAGUGAUCCUGCUCGAGAUCAUCCCCUUCGGACCGUGGUUUCGCAAAAGUGCUACCUUUCCGCUCGCUUUUCUCCCUCCCGCGGAGAUUUGCGCGUCUCUCGGGGCUUGGAUCUCGCGAUCGGCGCGCCGUGCACGCGCGCACAAGCGCACACGAGCGAACGCGCAAACGCCCCACCCCUCGGGGAGCUCUGCCACCACCAGUUCGGGAACGGAGCCCCUCCCCCGCCGCCCCCGGGCCACUCGGAGACGCGGCUCGCGGGCUCUCGGAGAGCGAGAGGACAGUGGCAUCGCAUCGCGCGUCUAUCGACUUCUACCCGGUGGAUGAUCGGUGGUGGUGCCGAAUUUCCGGUUUGUUGGACCGCGCCGAGAGGGUGGCUGGCACUCGACGCAGUUUCGCGCCGCGGUACGAAAUCGUGCGAGGUCGGCCGGCUACGGUUCUUCGAUGACACGCAGUGCGACGUCGACUUGGAAACGGGAAACAGAACCAGUAAUUGAUUAUUAUUAUUAUUAUUAUUAUUAUUAUUAUUUUUGUUCAUCGUGGACGGUGUGAUUGGCCGAGUGAUUGCUACCGAUACCGUGAUCAGUGUGAUCGAAGACCAACCCCUCUCCGGACGGUGUCGAUUUCUCGUUGGUUUCCGAUGGCACGUUGACCCAGAGGGUGGCUCGACGACAGAGCGACCCGACCCGAGGACCUGGACAUUGUCGCCGGUAGACUGUCGCGAGUGAGUGCGAUGAGACAGGGUGACGCGAGGAUCGGGGAAGAAUAGACCGUCCUGGGACAUUGUACUCUUCCUCAGGGGGUAUCGGGGGGCUCCUCGAGGACUAUGCUGUCCGGGGAGAGCCGCGAAGAGGACAAUCGCUGAGAUAACACGAGAAUGCUUUGAAGAGUCGGCCAGUCCAAGAGUUUCGAGAUGUCCGCGGUAACCAGCCCGUAUGGCCCCACGGAAAUGCUUUCUGACUCGGUGUACAACUACGCGACGACCCGGCGGGGCACCGCCGAUCAGGACAGCGACUCCCAGUACGAGUCUCAGACCCAGCUGCAGAUCAAUAGCAUCCAGAAACCGCGCAACAAACGGAAGAACUUCAAGCCGAUAAGCAGCCGCAUGGUGGAGGUGUCCGAUGAGUCGGAGAAAGAGGACGAGGAGCUCGAGACGAUGGAGGAGAGCUCCAGCGAGGUUCUCGAGUACGAGAGGAAGACCAUGCUGUUGCCCGCCGAGGACAGGUCCAAGCAAAGACUGAACAACAACGAGGUCAGUCCCAUGGACCUGUCCGUGGCCACCAGGCCGCCUUCCUCCGAGGCCGACGACGACAGCGGGGACUCGCUCAGGCACAAGUUCAUCCUCGAGCAGCUGAGGUCGCAGAAGCUCUACUCGCCUGGCACCGAGGCAAGAAGUCCGAACUCGGACUCGUCGAAGAGCGACAGCGGCGGCCUGGACGCGGAAUCGGGCCGUUUGGACGACACGCCUUUCGAGGACGAUCGGGCCCAGGACGCUGACGGCGAGAACGAGUGCGAGGAGAGGAAGCCCUUCGAGGGCAUGAGGGAGUACGCCGAGUCGACCAUGGCAGAGCUGCUGGCGAUCUAUGGUCUGGCGGGUGGAGAGCUGGCUAAGUCAGUCAGCAGACAGCUACCGCCGACCUUUCUGAACCCUGCAACCGGCCAACAGCCUCACGGCAAGGUGAAAGUGAAAGAGGAAAAGGAUGCGUCGUCGAUGGCGCCAGGAAGCCCACCCACGCCGCCGCACACCCCCCAGAGCCCACCCCGACACAAUCCACCCCCGAGCAACCUGUCUCAGUCCUGUCAAACAUCGAACGCGAACUCUCCGAGCCUCCAGCAACAGCACCAGCACCACCACCAGCAACAACACCACCAGCAACAACAGCAACAGCAGCAGCAGCAGCAGCAGCAGCAACAACCGCACAACCAGGAACAACAACAUCAGCAACAGCAGUCCCUUCACGCGAUGGCGAAUUCACCCCUAAGUCAAAUCUUGGUGCAAAACCCAGCGCUGGCUCAACUGUUGCAGCAGAACCCUGCGAUACUCUCGCAGAAUCCUCAGCUGGCGCAACUGUUGCAGCAGAAUCUUCAGGUUCAGAUGGGCAGCGUCCUCUUCCAGAACGUCCGGAGGGAGGAACCAGAAGAGUCGAGGGUACCGCCGACAAUAGCGAGCCUGGCGGCGAUGAAGGUGGAGGCAGCUGACCCGAAGGUUUCCGCUCUGCUGAGACAAAGCAUGUCUCCGGUCGCGGACACGCUGAUCGGUAGCUCGAAAAGCUCGGUGUCCCAACCCAUAAUCGAUUACUCUCGUUACGUGAGGCGGUACACGUCCGGCCAAGAGUGCGGCAGUUCCUACUGCAAGGAGCUGGGCUGCCGAGAGCAUUUUCACUGUCUGGACUGCAGUGGUAGGGUGUUUGUGAAAAAGGAGGAGAUGAUCAGGCAUUUCAAGUGGCACAAAAAGAGGGACGAAUCUUUGCAGCACGGUUUCAUGAGGUACUCGCCGACCGACGACUGCUCGGAGAGGCAUCCGGGCCGUGCGUGUCCGCACAAUCGCAAACAGACCCACUACCACUGCAUCCACGAGAACUGCGACAAGGUUUACAUAUCCACGUCCGACGUGCAGAUGCACGCUAAUUACCAUCGCAAGGACUCGGCCAUCAUACAAGAGGGCUUCCAGAGAUUUCGAGCUACCGAGAGCUGCGCCACCGAACACUGCACCUUCGUCGGCCAGAGGACCACGCAUUUCCAUUGUCGCAGACCCGGAUGCAGGUUCACGUUCAAGAACAAGGCUGACAUGGACAAGCACAAAUCGUACCACAUCAAGGACGAGCAGCUCUCGCGCGACGGCUUCAAGAAGUUCAUGAAGUCUGAGGCGUGCUCGUUCGAGCAGUGCCGUUUCUCCCGGGUCUGCAAUCACAUCCACUGCAUCCGGCCGCACUGCAGCUACGUGCUGCACUCCGCCGGCCAACUGUACUCCCACAAGCGGAAACACGAGCGCCACGAGUCGGAGCUGGCUUACCGGAAGUACAAGCAGAUCAGCUCCGUAGGCGGCUCGAGGCCUCCGGGGUCGUGGCCUCCGGACGACCUGAGCGGCCAGAGCUUGUCCUUGAGCCUGAACGGCGAGAGCUCGAACGAGGAUCGAGGAUCGCCCUCGUACUACUCUUUGGACGACUCCUUCCAGAGCGGAAGCGACCUGGCGAUGGACCUGACCGCGCCAACGACUACCGUCUCGGCCAGCGGAAGUUCGACGAUGACGAUCGACCAGCAUCAACAGCAACAACAGCAGCAACCGCAACAACAACAACAGCAGCAGCCGAGUCAGCUGACGGCGACCGAGUUGGCGUACCUGGUGCCUGGGAACGCGGACUGUCCUUGCCACCUCGGCAGGGAGCAUCAUCACUGCGGUCUGGACAGAUGCGGAGCCGCGCUGAGGGACCCUCGCGAGGUCAGGGAGCACCUGAGGGAGCACGAGACCCAGGAACGCAUCACGGACGCGUUCUUCGAGGAGGGCGGCUGCGACGAGGGGUGCCCGUACGCCGACAAGGAGAAGCACUACCAUUGCAACUGGGAGAACUGCCGGGAGGUGAUCCUCUCGACGGACAAGCCGUUCCGCAGGCUGCAGCACUACAAGAUCCACGAGUACAGCAGGCAGCUGAACCUCUCCUGCUCCUCCCACGCGCUCUCCUCGGACGUGACCUUGACCCACCUGACCAACAUCGACGCCAUGUUCAGGCGGAAGCGAGGCAGGCCGCCGAAGAACCGGGUGAUCGAGAUCUGGUCCGGAGGCGACCCCGCGACCCACACCCACGACUCUCCCCAAGCCAUAUUCACCAGCUUCAAGCUGCCGAAACCGCAGACGCCCAGCCUGACGGCGAAUCCUCUGAUGGAGGAUCGCGAGGGCAGCGUCUCCCCUUCGAACAGCCUAGGGGAGCCCGAGGGCUUCUCCACGUACAAUCCCGACGGCUGCCCCGAUCCCGCCUGCGUCCUCAGGUCCACCAGACACCAUCACUGCUCCCAGGCAAGGUGCCACUUCUCCACCGACAGGCCGGACCAGUUGCUCAUGCACAGCAAGGACUUCCACGACAACGUCGACAUAACGGCCGGCUUCGCGUUCUUCGACAAGAUGGUCGACUGCCGGCUAGCCGGCUGCCACAGCAACAGAGUGAACAGACACUUCCACUGCACCAGGCCGAACUGCGGAUACUCCUUCGUCAGAUACUCCACCAUGGUUCUCCACGAGAAGCAGCACGCCGGCCAGAACGAGCCCGCCAAUCAGGAGACCUCGAUCCACGACGGUCAUCAUCCGUCUUCUCAGCAGCUCGUCCACGAGACGAAGCCCAGGAUCCAAGUGAAGAAUCCCGCCGAACUGAUCGAGAAACCCGAGGACUGUCUGAAUACCUCCGAUCUGGAGAACAGGUCGAUGAUGGAGGACAAGGAGGCCGAGAUACCCAGCCCGGACGCCAGCAAGACCACCGUGGUGAGGGCGGCAGGCACCUAUUAUCCGGUCAGUGGACCGCCGAGUGAACCUGCACUUCCGGGCGUCGUGCUAUCCAUGCGAACUUCCGUGCAUCAAGAGUCUCCGGUUCUCCCAUCGACCAGCUCCUCGUCGCCGCACACGCUCUACGGUCCGGAGCAGAGCUGCAGCCGUCCGUUCUGCAAGCUGAAGCGGAAGAAUCACUACCACUGCAACGCGUGCAAUCAGGCCUUCUCCGAGCUGGACCGUCUGGUGGCUCACAUAGCGAAGCACUCGACGGGCGCCAUAUUGAGCCAGCAACAGCACGACCUGGCGAACCAGGUGCCGAAUCAGCUGCAGCACGAGUACCUGGCCCAGCUGUCCCAGAAGCACGACUUCAUGGCGCAGAACGCUCAGAUGGCGCAGAACAUUCAGAACUUCCAGAACCAGAUGCAGCGUCAGAUGCAGCAGACCCUCGGCCAGAUGAACCAGCAGAAUCAGCUGAAGGAGGUGAAGAUGGAGCCGGCGAGAUGCGGCGCGGACGUCGGCGUGCAAAACGUUCCUAGCGUGAAGAGGGAACCGAGCGAGAUCAACAGGGACGAGGCCAACAACUCGGUGAUGGACGCGAACGAGAACGGACAGUUGUCCCAGCCAAGUUUGCCGCCCAGCGUUCAACAAUCAACGGUCCCGACCAGCUUCGAGCUGGACCUCAGCCACGGAUUCCACUUCCCGAGCCCCGCGGUGAUGGCCGCCAUGAAUCAACAGAUCGCCCUGAUGAACCAGGCUCUGCCGCCUUUCCUGCAACACGGCGGCAUGUACACGGGCGCGCCGGGACUCAUGUUCGCUCCCGGACUACCACCGACGAACUUUCUACCUCCUACCAGAGACGAGAACCCCUUGGCCUCGCUGGCGGCCAACCUGAACCUGAACAAGAGGUCCUUGUCCCCGUCCGACAGCAAUUCCCCCGAAGCCAAGAAGCAGAGGCUGCAUCAUUCGAUGAGGAUGCUGAAGGACGAGCCGGUGCCAGAAGGAUACGUCAGGUUCCGCUUCAACGAGGACUGCAGGUACCCCCACUGCGGGUACCGGGAGCACCAGACGCACUUCCACUGCAUGCGCCAGGACUGCGGCUACUCGUUCUGCGACAAGACCCGGUUCGUCCAGCACACGGCCCGCCACGAACGGCUCGACACGCUGAUGGGCGGCGACUUUCAGCAAUACAGGGCGAACGUGCCCUGCGGGAGGGCGCAGUGCGCGUACACGUCGUCGCUGGGCUCGAUGCAGAACAAGGCCUCGCACUUCCACUGUCUGAAGUGCGACUUCGUGUGCACGGACACGAACAAAGUGGUCGCGCAUCGUCGCCAGCACGCGAAGCUGGACAGCAUCGCGGCGGCCGGCUUCCAGAAGUUCACCCCGAGCCAACCCUGCGGGGGCGUGCAGUGCCAGCACUCGGGGAAGCAGACCCAUUACCAUUGUCUGCAGUGUCAGUACGCGGUGCUGGGCCUGGCCCAGAUGUCCGCCCACAAGUACAGACACAUGGACACAUAACGACGCCUGGUCGAGCGGCUGUUCGCCGGAGGAGGCUCAACGAAGACGGUGAACCGAGCUUGGCCGGUCCCCGUGGCGGACCUUCCCAACGGGGCCGUCGGCUGGAUCGAGGGACCGUCGAUCCUGGAUCAAGCACCGGGACGGUAAAAAUUGACACAACCGUACUCGUAUCCCCGUAGACAUUCCCUGCGGAGCGACCAGAGUGAUCCGAGAACCAGAGUCCUCGCGGUGAUCCGCACGAUGAUGAUCAGGGGCAGCCCGACCUAGUCAGUGAUCGCGUGAUCGGUCAACCGUCGACGAGGGAUCCACGGGACCGUCGGUCGACGAUCGAGAGAUCUUCUUCUCUCCCCCCCUCGAUCGUUCUUCGUACUUACGAGGAUAUUUAUUUUACCGACCGUCGGGAAACCUCGGCCGUUUUACCCGCCAUCGGGCACGGAUACCAGCUGGAAGCGGUUCCUUCACCUUCGUCCCGUGGCGCCGAGUUCGAAAGCAGAACCCGAGAGAGAUUCUUCCGAGAUUCAUCCGGGAUCGUGAGACACGUUCGAAGAAACAGAGAGGUGUUUUUCGUUGGUUAGAAACGUAUGGUACACGGAAAACCGUAGACAAUAAACGACGACGACGACGCGAGUCUACCGUAUAAAAUAGCUUUAGCGCGAAGAAAAAGACAAACUGUAAUAUUUAAUAGCAAAAGACCCUGUACAUUUUUCUUUUCUUUUGUUUCUACUUCUACUUCUACUUCUUCCUUCUACUUCUACUACUUCGACUACUUUUUCGUUUUUUGUCGUUUACUUUUCUCUCUUUUUUUAGUAGCGCGUACCCUCCGCGUGGUGCAGCGGCGACUUAGGUCCUAGAGUAGAUAGUUAAUAUAUAAAAUGAGAGAGAGAGAGAGAGAGAGAGAGAGAGAGAGAGAGAGAGCGGGAGAGCGUGUGCGAGAGUGGGUUCUGGAGGAUCCAGCGGAAAGAUCGACGAUUUUUGUGGCGACAGUGGGAACCGUUGACAGGAUCGGUAUGCGCUAGCGAGCCAAGCAAUUCCUUUUUCGACAUGGCGUCGCGUCUAGUCCAUCGCACCAUCGCAUCGGUGUUUUUCUCUGAGAACGAUUGUCUGUCGAUCGAUCGAUGGUUCAGUGGAACGACAGAGUGGUCUGUCGUGGACGGCGCAACGAUCCUUUCGCCGUCGGCGACUGCUAAAUUCUCUUUUGUUGCUGUCUCGGUCACAGCUUCCGUUUCGUUAGCUUUUCACGGCGGCGGAAAAUGGCGUUCGCUCGUCUCUCGAAACGAGGACAACGAAUAGAGCGAGGUACGCGGAGUGUUUCACGCGAAACAGGCCACAGCAUCGUCUAUUAUAGCUUCAAGUUUUCACUUCGAUCGUUCGUAGAUCGGUUGAAAUCUUAUUUCUUUGAUACAUUUUUUAAUUCGAUUCCGUACUCGAAAUUCAACGCGGUAGAAGCUCGAUUAUUCGAUGUCUGUAUUCCUUAUUAGUCAAGCACGUUGUUCAUGUAAAUAGAUCCGAAGGGAUCUGCACACACAUCUCUGCAUAUUGUACAUACCAGUCAAGACUAGAUCACUCGGUACAAGACUUAAUUUAGCACUUUAAUUAAGUAACCGUUCCAGCGUCUGAACAUCCGUUUCUUCGAUUAGCUCGGAUAAUCGAGGUUCUACCGCGAUUUCUCGCGUAUCGCGAGUGGCCUGUUUUAAACGCAGCACCCUGCGUAUCGCCGUCAAAAAUUAAAUCGUCCGCAAAACCAGCGCCGACUCUGAUAUCCGUGUGACACAAACGAGCCCGAACGAAACGAUCUCGGGCGAGAUUUAUCGAGCUUGCGCCGUCUUCCGACCGCCGUAUUGUUUGACAGAGUCGAUCGAAUCGUACUAAAGAUUAUACGCUUCCUCGGGGAACACGUGCCGCGGCCGGGAGGGUACCCGUUCACGUUAAUCGUAUUUUACGAACAGUAUUGCUAAACCGAGAGUUAACAAAAAGACUGCCAGCCGGAGACGCGACAGAGCAGAGAACUUGAGAGCAAGUGAACGGAACAUGGCGAACGGAACCGGAAGCGGUUCCGAGUAACGAAGACGCCGAGACGUUUUCUUGAAACUAAAGAGUAUACAUAUAUUGUAUAUUUGCGAACUGUACAGUGGAAAGUAUACGCGAGGUAUACCCGUAAACAGCGCGAGCCUCGGACACGGAUGGACGAGAUUUUAUUUAAGCGGUACUCUUUUUAUUAAGCUUUUGGUCGACGAUCGAAGUUCGAGUGCUCGUCGAUGGAACGAGAAUUCGAUGCAUCUACGAUAAAUAGGUCGUCGACGCUUGCGUGUCCUAGUUCUACGAGAGAACGCGAUUCAAGGUUCUCGCAACCAUUGGCCUUCGGGGAUGCUCAACGACCAUGCGGUACUACUUCCCCGUUUACACGGUUUCAGAGAUGGUGGGUUUUGAGAACAAUAAGUUUAUGGUAACGUUUGCGAGAAUCUUCGGAACUGUUGCGCGCGAAUUUUAUAGGUUCGAUGCUUAGGCACUCGACGACGAUUGCGUCUUGUCGGGAAAGGGGACCAUCUCUGUCCGCGAGGAUUCGGUUCAUCCGAGACUUUCACCUCCCCGAAAACUCAUCCCCUUUUACGAUCGCACCUGUCGUUCAUCGCGAACAAGCUUCGUUUCAUUCACGAUUCAAUCAGGAGCUAGCUAGAUUUUUAUAUAUCGACUGGGCUUCGAUAUUCGGAAGCUCGAAGACUUCGGUUCGGACAUCGUGCGUCCAUUCGUCGUUUGUCGAAGAAUUCUAUAGACUUUGAAUACCAUCCACGAUUAUCACUAGAACCAGCUAGAUUUUUAUAUCGUCCGAAAAGUAUCGAAGUACCUAACUGAAUUUAGGGUUACGCUAUGCCACUCGUCCGACAGAAUUUUCUCAAAUUAAUUUUAAAGCCUUCUAGACGAGAAUGUAAGAAGUAAGGGAAGCCGGAAGAUACGCGUAUAGAAUCGACGAUAACGAUGUACCACGUAGCAGAUAGUAAAGUCUGUCGUGUGCUCUUCCUCCGAAAAUUAGGGAGCGAGUACGCGCGCGACGAUAGCGUGGCAGCGUGAGAAACGCUAGGGUGCCUUUAGAGUUCCUCCCGGACUUGUAGGACCGUGCCUUAGCUCCGACAAAAUCGCAGCAUUGUCUGCGAAUCCUCUUCAGAAACCGAACAAUAAGCAACAUAGACGAGUAUAGAUAUAGUUAGUGCCUUAAAACAGAAAUUCGAAAGGGAAACGGCGACACUGGGGUAGUAGCCUAGAAAACAGAGGGAGAAAUCUUCCUAGCGAAUUUAUUAGAAGCUUCGAGAACGUUACUCUUCGAGGAGAUCAUUUUCUUCGUGCAAACCGAACCCUGUUCGACCGAUAAAGCGUAGUCUAAAAGCGUCUUCGGACGACUGUAAAUGUGGAAACGAAGUUCGUCCUGUUCUUUUCCUUCGUCGUUAUCGGAGCACAGCUAUCCAUCGCGACGAAUGGUUCUUGGUGGAGUUUUGAACGCAAGUUUAAUCAACAGUUUAAGUUUACUUUUCGAAGUGGUUUUUCGUCUUCGAGCAGAAGCCGAGAAACUUGUGGCUUUAACAACCCUGCCCGACGGUUUUAUCGUCCGCGUUCCAUUGACGAUCGAUACUCGCGGUUUUUAAUUGCCAGGAUACGAGCACUAUUCCUAGCAGAACAAGGCAGAGAUCGUGAAUUUAAUUAUUGGAACGAUUCUUUGAUUUUGCUAUUGCUCUAUUAUCAAAUAUACGCUUUUCGAUUACUUUUUCAAUUUACUUUUCACAAUUAUUGACAGUCGUACCGUCAUAAAGAUUCAGAUUUUUUAGAUUCGCUUUUUAAAAAUUUGGUUGGAAAUCGAUACAACCGAUCCUCUGAGAUCAGCCAGGACGAGCUUCGGUGUUCCGUUUGAACUGCUUCAACGAUUAUUGGACGAUGGAGAAGGUGUUGCUGAACCACCCAGAAUUCUUCCAAUUAUUCGAAACCUAAAAUCAUCUUUAUACAUUGUCACAUUGAUUUUACAAAUCGAUCUACUUUCCUUCAUUCUCAGCAUAACGAUUAGUUCAACAAAUGCCUCCACCAUGGUCUACAAACAUAUGAAAGCCAACGAAACCCAUGAAAACCGACUGAUAUCGCAUCGUACUGAAUAUUCUCUCAAGGUCAGUGGGAGGAGCCGCCCCCACUCCGCUCUUUCUCCUUUCUUUCUCUCUUUCUCUCUCUCUCUCUCUCUCUCUCUCUAUCUCUCUCUGUCUCUCAGGCUCCUCCCACGCUCAGGAUUGUUGAGGUGGUGGGACGUGACCUCGAGCGACGAUUCUCUCCGCUCGGACUAUAGCGAUUGAUUCGUUGCCCGCAAAAAACUCGGAUGGAGAGAUCGAGGAGUCUAUUCCGGGGUGUCCGGUGUCUCCAGACGAAAGCGGACACCGCGGAGAAACGCGAUCAGAAAAAUCCUGGGGAUCGAGGGAAAUCGAAAAGAAAGAGAAAGAGGAAGGAAGGGAGAGAGAGAGAGAGAGAGAAAGAGAGGAAGAUGCGGCGCAGGUGGGCCAGCCAUGAUUGAAACGAGUGCCAUAAACCGCGAUAGUAAGGGAUCGGUCUCUUUCUCGAACCUGAAACUGCCAGGAGAGAGCGAGAGAGAGAGAGAGAGAGAGGGGAUGGAGAGGACCUGUAAAAUAAUUUAUUUCCUCGACGAAUCAAAAGGUUCGUCGAGCCUCGACCCACGAGUGGGGGUCGGCGCAAUCUAAACCGGAAGUACAGCGAACCAAACUCUGACGGGCCCCUCAACAGGGCCCGUGGAGGAUCGAUAAGGGGGGAGCGGAGACACCGAUGGGAAACGGAAACGGUUUUGAGACGUGUUUCGAGGAGCGACGGUGAACUGAGGUUGCCUUAUAACUAUCGAGCCUAUAUUAUAUAUAUAUAUGAGAACAAAAGGUAUAUAUAGUAUAUAUAAAUGUGGAAAUAUUGCGAGAUCGUUUGAUACACGAUCGAGAUACGUAUUGAAAGUAUGCGUGCGAGAACGAGCGAAUGGGAUCCGUGUAUGUUUUAUGUAUGCGUGCGGGUGUGGAUAUGCGUAAGGGACGAGAGAUGUAUACCAGUAGAAGUCGUACUAUUAUUUGAAGAAGUUUAGAGAGAAUCUAUCGUACGGUCAUUAGUAUUAAAAUACCUGCUGUAUGGAUGUAAGAGAAAAGAAAAAAACUAUUAUAUAAUUUUAUCUAUUAUUAUUAUUAUUAUUAUUAAUUAUUGAUUAAUAUGCUCUAUUAUUAUUAUUAUUAUUAUAUUAUUAUUAUAUUAUUAUUAUUAUUAUUAUGAAUGAGUAUCCGGAACCACACUUCGUAUGUAGCUGUGAUUUUGCUUUCGAACAAGUAAAGAUUAAAAAUAUUUAUAGCAACCGAA